UGGCGGGAGAGAGAGAAAGAAAGAGAGAAAGAAGUAUAGGGUUUUAUGUUAGUUUAUGAUUAGUAGCGCGGUGCAUGAAAUAUUUUCCCACUAUAUUUUUUAAUUCACAUAAGAAACGCAAGGGUCAAUAGGACGUUCGGCUUUUAAUUUCAUUUAUUUUUUGGAUAAAAGUCUCCCGCGGAAAAUAAACUGGGUUUUUCCCCCCCCCAGAAACAUAAAAGCUAGCUAGGAAAGCUAAACAGUUUAUCAUUAAGCCCAUUGUCUAUUUAGAAAAGUCUAUAAAACAAAAAAACAACAACAACAGCAUUUGCGACAGUUUACGACAUUUGUCUUUGCUCGUUGACUUGCUAACUACUCAAAGGCUAAUGGCGAAGGUUCAGGUGCUAAACGUUGCUGUUUUGGACAACCCGAGUCCUUUCGGGAAUCCUUUUCAGUUCGAGAUCACGUUCGAGUGCAUGGAAGAUCUUCCUGAAGAUCUCGAGUGGAAGAUCAUAUAUGUGGGCUCGGCUGAGAGCGAGGAGUACGACCAGACCCUGGACUCGGUCCUGGUGGGGCCGGUGCCUGCGGGGAGACACAUGUUUGUGUUCCAGGCGGAUGCUCCGAACACGGGCCUGAUCCCAGAGAGCGAUGCUGUGGGCGUCACCGUGGUCCUGAUCACCUGCACGUACAGAGGACAGGAGUUUAUUCGCAUCGGCUAUUACGUCAACAACGAGUACACCGACGCCGAGCUCCGGGAAAACCCGCCUCUCAAACCCAACUACUCGCAGCUCCAGAGAAACAUUUUGGCGUCGAACCCACGUGUAACCCGAUUCCACAUCAACUGGGAGGGAUGUUCUGAGAAGAUGGAGGACUCCGAGAACGUGGACCCGGCUCCGAACGUGAUGCAGCCUCCGUCAUGCCCUCCGGGGAAAGCGCCUCCGCUCGGACUGAUGCCCGAUAACUCCAUGGAUUGCUUGUAGAGCCUCCAAUCCUUCUGUUUAAGGAAUCAUCACCUUUAAGACCUCAUACACCUCAGAUCCACCGGAACACAGACGCUGACUUGCAGCACGGCACGGACAACAAAACGACACACUCUUUGAUUGAUUGUUUUUCGGAUUUGUGUUUCAAUAUUUUCAGCAGGUUGAUCAUCAGUGAUGUCAGACACGGAGCGUUAAAGGUGUUAUACAAGCAGGAUUUUUCUUGAUUAACUACGUGUAAGUGUGCAGGUGAAAUUGUACUAUACUGUAUAUAUGUUUACUUCUGUUUGUAUUCUGGCCCUCCAAAUAAAUAAAUAAAUAUCUUUUGUUACGUCA